ACCCACUCUUCCCACCCUAUAAAAUGAUGACCCGAAUACCUUAUUAACCUUCUUUCCCCAAUCUUUUGGUUCACGCACCUACCUUUAUUCUCUCCAGGUCUUUCUCUCUCUUGUUUUCUUCAUCCUUUCUCUUGAAUUAUUAUUUGUGUUUCUAAAUCUCUGCAGAUCGUUUGAAUCGGCUGUUUCCGUAAAGUUCGAUUUAGGGUUUCUGUAAGGUCUAAAUCACGAUUUCGAUUGCUCAUACUUCAAUCGUUUAGAUGAGUUUUUCUUAUUCAUGACGUAUGCUAUACUAAUGCGUCGUAUUCGAAUUCUUCACUCGUUUUCCGUCGUUUUUCUCUACUGGUUUCACGAGAUUUCAUAAAUCACUGAAUCAGCCCUAAGUUUUUUCUUAUUUUUUAGUUAAAAAAUCGUUAAUUAUUUUGUUAUUUCAUCAUUAUUGAGCCCUAAUACCCUCACAAACCUAACGGUUGGAAAUUGGAAUUAUUCAUCUUUCGAUUACCAAACCAAUUCAUAAACCCUAAUUAACUGUCCGACUUGGAAAUUGGAAUUCUUCAUCUUUCGAUUAAAACCAAUUCAUAAACCCUAAUUAACUGUCUUAUUGGAAAUUGGAAUUUUUCAUCUUUCGAUAAGCCGAUGGCAUCACCUAACAACCAAAACCAGCUGCCUCCUACGGGGUCUGAUAACGACCCGAGGUACGCAAAUCUUGAUGAAAGGAAGAGAAAGAGGAUGAUAUCGAACCGAGAGUCUGCACGCAGAUCGCGUGCGAAGAAGCAGCAGCGGGUGGAUGAGUUGUUGGCCGAGAUUAGUCAGUUACAGAAUGAUAAUAAUACAAUAGUGAAGAAGAUUGAUGGGGCAACACAAAUGUAUGUUGGGGCUGCUUCUCAGAAUAAUGUUCUGAGAGCACAACUCACUGAGUUGACUGAGAGGUUGCAUUCUUUGAACUCUGUUCUGCAUAUUGCUCAAGAAGUUAGUGGUUUGGCUUUGGAGAUUCCUGAAAUUCCUGAUACUUUGCUUGAACCUUGGCAGCUUCCUUGCUCUGUUCAGCCUAUUACUGCAUCAUUCAAUAUGGAUAUGUUCUAGGGUUCUAGUAUUAUUUAUCUAGUAUUGAGUUUUUUUUUUAUUUAUAUGGGUCUGUUAGUCAACUGUUUAUUGGUUUUGGAGUAUGUGGUUUGGAAAACAUGAUUGUUUAUGUGGUUUUAGCCUCAUUUUGUUGCUGCUAAGUACUUAAAUGGUAAUGCCUGGUGUUAGUGUUA